AUGGAAUGGCGGCCACGACAAUACAUUCUUGGCCUCCUCCGCCCAGGCCCAGCCAUCACAACAUCUUCGUCUACGCUGGAGCAUUUUUUUUUGAACGCUCUCCUAGCCACAAACCUACAUCUCUUCGACGACGAAGGAAAAAUGUUCUUGUCGGCGUAUUCGACGUUUUGCCAAAUUGUGUUCGGCGCAUCAGCGCUUGCGGUGCUGGCGAACAUGAUAUUCCUUGCGGUACGGUUCACCAGAGGGCGCGGCUCUGCGCAGGAGAAGCACGUCGCUGACAGGGACAUCGCACGCUCCCGGAUGUCGCGCGUCAGGCGCUGCGACAAUAUUCUGGCCAAAGGACGGGAGCUGUGGUGAAUGGUAACAGGCAGCUUGGCCAUGUCGUGUCAAGAGGCGUUGAAAGGGGGAGCGCACAACCUGAGAUUGAUACCAGCUAUAUGAUCAUGACUGCAAUG